AUGGGGGAUUUCAAUAUUGAUAUCGAACGUGAUGGAGACAAAGCUGAUCAACUUCUCGAAUGGGUAGAUUCUUGUUCACUCAUGACUAUAAUUCCGGGCGCUAAUACAUCGCUUCGUUCAGAUCGUACUAUAGAUUAUGCUGUCACCAAUGGUAUGGAUUUGACGAUACAAACUUAUGAAGGUGAUACUAGCAGCGAUCAUAAACCAUUAUUAGGUGUAUUUACGGAUGAUCGUGCUCCGACAACUGUAGGAUCUCGUACAAUAUGGUCAGCUUUUUCGUUAGUUUUAUCUUAUACAUCUGAAUUCUGGGAAAAAAAGGAAUGGAAUACUCAAUUAUCUGAAACUACGUACGAACAUUUCAUUUCGUUUCUUGCAUUGCUUAGUUACAGAUGUCAACAGUUUUUUGAAAUUAAACGUGCUCGACCGUCCGUUCCACAGGAGCUUAUGGCACUUCUUGCCCAAAGUCGUUCGUUAUCUUUUAAAGCCAAGCGGAAAGAUGAUAUAGAACUUCGUAAGGAAGCUCGCCGACUGCGUAAUCUAGCGCGUUUCGAACUAAAACGUUCCAGCAGGAGCAACUUACUAAACAGUUAA